CUGGCAGUGUCCCCUCCCCCAGACUUUCUGAACACAUUGCCACCGCAGCUCCUGGGAGUGAUUCCCUGGAGGCUACCCAGCCCGCUGCUUUUACAGCCGCCUCGGCGAGGAGCAUGCCCGCCCGCCAAGAAAGCGCCAACGUGAGACCUGCUUUCGCCAGCACCACAUCUGCUGGAGCCCUCAAGCCAACGGGACCCCUGGGGGCUGCCCAGUACUCAGGCUGGCAGCCUGCAAACCAAGCAGCUCCUGCCAGUGGAUGGACUUCAAACAGUAUUAAACCACCUGGAACAACUGACCCGAGUGAAAAAUUUGCGACAGCACCUCAGCUAAAUGAGCAAGACACGUUGGUUCAGAGGGCAGAGCAUAUUCCUGCGGGAAAGCGUACUCCCAUGUGUGCGCACUGUAAUCAAGUCAUUAGAGGACCCUUCUUGGUGGCAUUGGGGAAGUCGUGGCAUCCAGAGGAGUUUAACUGCGCUCAUUGCAAAACCUCCAUGGCUUACAUUGGAUUUGUGGAAGAGAAAGGGGCCCUGUAUUGCGAGGUCUGCUAUGAGAAGUUCUUUGCCCCUGAGUGUUCAAAGUGCCAAAGGAAGAUACUUGGGGAAGUAAUAAAUGCUUUGAAACAAACUUGGCACGUUUCCUGCUUCGUGUGUGUGGCCUGUCAUAACCCCAUCCGCAAUAAUGUCUUCCACUUAGAAGACGGCGAUCCCUACUGUGAGACAGAUUACUAUGCCCUCUUCGGUACUAUGUGCCAUGGCUGUGAAUUCCCCAUUGAAGCUGGAGACAGGUUUCUUGAAGCUCUGGGCCACACUUGGCAUGACACUUGCUUUGUAUGCUCAGUAUGUAGUGACAGUUUGGAGGGUCAGGCUUUCUUCUCCAAGAAGGACAAGCCACUGUGCAAGAAACACGCUCACUCUAUCAACAUCUGAUGCUUGGAGCUCAUCUUGUGUAACAAAUGUACUGAGCAGAAAGAAAGGUUAAAAUGUCUGUGUUCAAUAAUUGGUUAAAAUUAUUUCUACAUUAUUUUCUAGAAUGGAAGAGAAAUGUUUAAACUUGCGGAGGGGGUUGUACACUAAUUUUUAAAGCAUUUAUCAGUUAGGGUUUUGUUUCAUAAAAAGACAGGAAUUGGGAAUUGCACCCAAGCCAAACGAUUAGAGUGCCUUUACCUCUACACUUGGCACAUUACUGUAUUGGUUUCAUGAUUUUAUGAGCACAUUUAUAUCUGCUUCAGUAUGAGAAGUGAAACAUCUAUAAAAAUAAAUACCAGAUACUAGAAGUCUUGGGUUUGCUGCUAUUCAACAAAUAAAAGGAGGUUGGCUUCAGCGAUCCAGAUCACUUUAUUGCGCUGAUGUUUUUUAAAGUGUGUCUAGAAGUAUUGCAGCUAAACUCCAUUAAAAGGAAAUCGAAGCAAAGAUAAGAUUACAUGGCAUAUAUAGUUCAACAACUGAUAUUUUUAUCUAAUACUCGUAUACAUGAAGCCUCCUGCACAAUUACAUGUACCUGUGCCUUUGCAGUGAAAUCUCUGAUGGGUCUGCAAAGGACUUUACAAAGCAGUUAAGUGGGGUGGUGGUUAUGCUGGUGAACAAGAAUAGUUUAGAAGAUUCCAGUUAGAAGAAAACAUAAAUGGGAUACUCUUCCCUAACUCAUGUCCUACCAGAACACUAGCCAAAAAAACCUGCUAGUGAAGGUGUGUUUGACAGGAUGGAAAUGUCAGACCAGAUCUUAAAAAUAAGGGCGCAGGGAGUUACACUCUUAUGUUCGCAGUUCAGGUUUUAGAUGUUUUAAGUGCCUUGGAAAGGGGAAGUUGCACUGAAUCUGGAGGUAACAGUGUUUUACAUCCAGAAUGUGAGACUCUGGUUUUGAAUGAGGGAAACUGCUGAAGUGCAACUGAGGACAUUGUUUUUCUCUCAGUACAUUCUUUAACAUGUAGCUCAUGAAUAUGUAUAUUGGUGGUGUGCCAGGUAGUGUACUGAAAACUUACUUUCUUGCUCACUGUUACGAUUUUUAUUAGUUUAGGUUUUCUUUCUCUCUUUUCCUCCAGAUGUAGGGAAUAUAUUGUUGAACAAUAUAAUAUUGAGUUAGGCAGCUCAGUAUCUCUCAGUUCUUGCAAGGGAGCAGAGAGACAAUGCUGUCAUUAUGCAUUUACUGCGAGCCAGGAGACGCAGCCAAUUCUGUGGCUUGAUAUGAAUUUUGCCUCCAUACAGAGAGUCAGCACAAGACCUGUGCACCAGCUAAGUCCCACUUAACUUCAAAUUAGGGCUUAAGCGGUAUGGAGCAAUUGUAGGCAGAUAGGGAAGAGGUUGUGACCCUCUGCACGGAGUGAAUUUCGCUCCAGCAGAGUUGCACAACAGAGAAGGGGGCCCUCUCAGGGCCAGAUCAGGUUCCUGAAGGAAACUGAAUUUACAUGCUAUUUAAUUCAACUGGGAUGUCAGAGCUGAAUCGUUCGUCUUUAGUACUCUUUCCAGUAGACAUUAAAAGUAACCAUUUACUGGUUUUGUUGUUGGGUUGUUUUUUGGUUUUUUAUUCCCUAUACAAAGGGCAGGUUUAUCCAUAAAACCAAUGGGAAAAAUCACAAAAAAUUGCCAUGGGUGAGUAAAGCAAUUCUAACAAGGAAUGUCAACAAAAGAGGGGGAAAGAAAACCAAAACUGCUGUAGUGAAAUAUGAAAAGAUAUUUGACUUUCUUAUUAAUUCAGCGAGACAGGUUCACGUUGUGGGGCUGUUUCACUUUAUUUCCUGAAGCUGUUUUUCUUCAAUACUACCACGUUUCUUUUUUAACUUCUGGUGGUACGGGAGAAAUGGCAUAAAGCUGUUUAAAGUGUUUACACUCUUGUAGAUGUACCCUUUUGUGAGUUUGGCUGAAAAUCAGAAGGGUAGAAGCAGACUGGACAAGAUACGGUAAUGUAUGAGCCAGGUUGCUUUUUAAAUUAGGUGGAAUGUGGAGAAAUGAGACCUAGAGACUAGGUUUCAGUGGAGCUAUAUUGCACAUGCGUGAGGAAAGAGGAUGGGAAUGCACAGGAUAAGGCGUUCAGUAAUUUCUGCAAUUCAAACCUCACUAUUUUAAAGUAGGAUAGAAGCUUUUCAGUUUGUCAUUGUCCUUAAAAUCAAAUUGAAUUUUGUUUAGUUUCAUAAUUUUAAUUGGAAUUAUAUUUCUUAAUCCAUAUGCUCUAGGGUUUGAAAUUUUGCAGUCGUUAAUGAAUUUGGGGACAAUAGCCUGAAAGGCUCCAAUAGUACUGCUUCAUUUAGCUGCUUUGCCUUUUAAUUUCUGCUUUUAUCUAUUUGUUUAAAAUUUAAAAGGAGGCAUAGAGUCACAGAUACAUAAUGAAUAUUUAAUGGCUCUGCCAAAUUAUAUAAAUCAACUAAAAGGAACAUAAUUUUUAUCGUUAUUUUAAUAAGUGAGAUUUUAGUAGAGCACUUUAUAAUAAUGCCAUAUAUCUCACUGAAUAUUUAUUACCUUUUUUUGUUUAGGACUAUUUCAUACUGGUAUCUUUGUAUUUUGUUUUAUUUGCAAGCCCGCAUAUUUACCUCUAGAAUCUUUUGGGGCGUGAGUGUGUGUAUGUGUUUAUAUACACUUCUCUAUACAUGCACACAUAUGCGUGUACAUUGAGACACACAUAUAUAUGCACAUAUACAUACAUAUAUUUGACUGCAGACUUCACAUAGCAAAAAUCAGCACCGUGCUAUCAUCAUUUGGGGAUUUCGUGAGAUUCCCAACUAUUUUUCAUACAACACAUGUAUAGCAUUCAUGUUUUGAGGGAAUGUUAGAAAGUCAGGAGAGACAUGUUAGUAACCUAACUACUGUAGUUUUUUGCAUGCAUUUUCAGUCAGUAAUUAUUUUUCUUCCAAAACUGCCUUUAAGAGAAUCGGGUUUAACUCUGUUGAAGGUAGAAGGUCUUUAUAAGUGAAUAAUGGAAUCAUGAUGACAGUUUCAGUAUAUUGUAACUAAAUAAUUCAGAAUUAUGUGUAAAUAUAAAUGCUUAAUAUAACAAUGCAAUAAACUUAA